CGUAGGCGGAGCCUAAAGCUCCGCCUACCCUCCUCUGCGCGCCUUCAUCUCUUCCCCAAGUUCCCAGAGCAGGUCGGUGAGUGACGUGCCGUGACGUCACCUAUCUUGUGAGGUUUCUGUGGAGUGGAGGAAUGAGCCAGGACAGAGAGGAGACUUUGCAAUCAGGGAACCAGGAACCCCAAAACCAGACCCAGGCAGCAGCAGAUGAGUCCAGCCCAGAAAAUAUGUCGCACACUUCCCAGAAGCAUCGGGACUUUGUGUCUGAGCCUAUGGGCGAUAAACCAGUCACUGCACUGGCCGGUAUUGGAGAAGUUCUUGGCGGAAAAUUGGAAAGACGAGGAUUUGAUAAGGCUUAUCUGCUUCUGGGACAGUUUCUUGUGUUACAGAAGGAUUCAGACGACCUCUUUAAAGACUGGUUGAAACAUUCAUGUGGAGCGAAUUCCCAUCAAGCAGAGUUAUGUUCAUCUUGUCUGCAAGAUUGGUGUUCAUCCUUCCUCUGAAGUUCUUAAACUUUAAAGUUCCAUAUUUUAUUGACCUUCAGUUUUACAUUCCAUUAGAUUAGCUUAUGUUUACUAAAUUGUUUGCUAAGGAAUACAGAUUUAAGAUAAAGUUACCUCUGUGCAGCCUUUACACCAUGUCACUAGCUUCCCCAACUAUAUUGUACAUCAUCCAUUGACCAACAAGAAGGUGUGUACAUAAAAAAAAAAA